AUGGAGGCGGCCAUCCUGCUGCCCCUGGUGCUGGGCCUCCUGCUGCUGCCCCUCUUGGCGGUGCUGCUGCUGGCACUCUGCGUGCGCUGCCGAGAGCUGCCCGACACCUAUGACAGUGCUGUGCCCGACAGCCUGCCGAGUAGCAUCGUGAUCAAGAGGCCUCCCACACUAGCCCCCUGGCCACAGGCUGCCGUGACCUCCUGUCCACCCCUGAGCCAGCCAGACCUGCUCCCGAUCCCGCGAUCCCCGCGGCCCCCAGGGGGCUCCCACCGCAUGCCGUCCGCCCGGCAGGACUCCGACGGCACCAACAGCGUGGCCAGCUAUGAGAACGAGGAGCCGGCCUGUGAGGACGACGAUGAUGAUGAGGAGGAGGACUACCACAACGAGGGCUACCUAGAGGUGCUCCCUGACACCGUCCCCGCCACGGCCACGGCCACGUGCACCGCCGUCCCGGCAGCCGCCGCGCCCAGCAACCCCGGCCUGCGGGACAGCGCCUUCUCCAUGGAGUCCGGGGAGGACUACGUGAACGUUCCCGAGAGCGAGGAGAGUGCCGAUUUGUCUCUGGAUGGGAGCCGGGAGUAUGUGAACGUGUCCGAGGACCUGCCGCCCACCGAGAGGACUGAGCCCGCCACCUUGAGUUCCCAGGAGGCAGAGGAAGAGGAGGAAGAGAGUGCCCCAGAUUAUGAAAAUCUGCAGGAGCUUCAGUGA